AUGACUAGUCCGAGACGAACAAAAAAGAGUGGUCAGUGCUUAACACAACUUGUUGACUGGGAUUCUCCUUCAACCGAGACAGGAACAGUGAAAAGAAGGGCUUCGUGUCCUGAAAAUACGUCUAAAGGAUCGAUCAACACACAUGACACCAUAAUAGAAUCAGAAACACCAUCAGACUCGGGUAGUUCCAGUCUUAACGGAGAAAGGGCUGAUUCUCUAAUAGAAAUUGAAGAAAGAAUAUCUUGCAUAAUUAAUGAAAACCGAAGUUCACAGAGUAACUCUGAAAGUGAUGUUGAGGUUAUUAUAAACAGUAUUUUUGAAGAACCAAUAAGAGAAGAAUCAAUAGAUAGUGCAAAUUGUACGACCAAAUUUGACCGAAGUAAAACAUUUAUUAAGUCAAAAAAUGACCGGAGCUCUUUAACGGUCUGUCAAGAGACGGUGAAGAAAGUCAAAGUUCUGAAAGCACCGACAUCUAUAAGAAAGUUAGGUAUAUCUUUAGAUAAAGUGAAAAAUUCUAUAUCCGCCAAAGACUCCAUUAAAACAGAAAAUACAGCAAAUGUUUUUCCAGUAUAUAAAAGCAAGAUUCCAAAUAGCAAUGUUAAUGAUGAUAAGAGCAAGAAAAAAGUAAAUUCAAAGUUAAAGCUACCCUUUUCACCGUCUAAAGUAAUGGAUAAGCCAAAGAUAAAUUAUUUACACGAUAGAACACAGGAUAAAGAUGUCAAGCCACAAUCUUUGUUGGCAACUCCUGUAAGAAGAACGAUAUCAAACGAGUAUGUUCGUUUGAAAUUUACAAACGACACUGUUGUGCGUCGAACUAUCGAUGGAAAGUCCAUACCAAAAAUAACACCAAAAAUUCAAUCGAUAAUACCCGAGAGUCCUGUGGACAGCGAAGAUCCUUUUCUCAAUCUAAGUCCAAACAAAAAAUAUACAGUAACAGUUAAUAAUAAAGUGAGAUGUGAUAAAGAUAAUUAUGUUAUUUUCGAUCCUACGACCGGUUUUAGUGCUCACGCAAAACAGUCGCGUAUUCCUAGUGCAAAACUCAAUAAUGUGGACAAAACUAAAAUUCCAGUAAAAUCACCAAUUACUGAGACUGCAACAAGUAAUGUUAACAGAACCGCAAGUGCUAGUGAUACGGAUAGUGGUAUUUUAUCUCCGAACUCUGAAACUGACGCUAAGAAUUCUACAUAUCAUUAUGUGAAUGCUGCUGUUUUUAGCGAAACAGCAAAGAAACAACCAAGUGAUUUAGACAUAAGGAUCGUCGAUCCCGCUGUAGCGAAAAAGGCAACCGAACAGAUAAAGAGUUCUGUAGCAAACUCUCGCAUUACACAUGAUGUGAAAUAG